AUGAUUGAGGAGCUGCAGCAUCGGCACAUAGUGGUGACUGGUGUCCCUCCACCACUGCCGAAUGCCAACGUUGUGGGAGCGACCACACAGCCACCCCAGAGUGUGGCCGCUGAGAGCGAGGCUGAGAGCGGGACUGAGACUGCCUCUGUCAGCAGUGGCGAGACCUUUCAAUGUAACCCAGAUGUGCAGCAGAAGAAGGGUGCCAGGAAGCUCAUGGCAGAGAAGGGCCUUUAUGAGAAGCACUCCAUGGACUAUCCGUUGCUGAAGGACUUUGCCACAUACCUGGAGAAAAACCUCCAAAAUGAAAAUUACAAACAGGAGGUUGACAACGUUGCUCGUUUCCUGUACUACGCGGACCCACAGGCCCCAUCCCUGGAGUUCGUCAGGAACAGGGAAAAGAUCUCGCAGUACCUCCGUGAGCUCUCUGAGGCAAAGCUGACAAAGCAAACUCAGCAGAAUUAUCUCAAGAGCUUGAAAAGAUUCCUGUCGUACCAUACAGUCAACACCAACCUGAGGCACGUGGAUCGGCCUCUCUUUGAGGACUGCAAGCACUUCAUUGAGUUCAUUGGGUCUCUGCAGAAAUGCUGCCCCAAGCAAGUGAGCAAAGAGAUCACCCAAAAGAGCAUGUUGACUGAGCAACAACAGCUGACACCACAUGACUGCUUGGCUGUGCUGAGGGCUGCCAAGAAGGACUUUAUGGCAGUUGUGUCGAAGGUCUUUCUGGACAAAAAUGUAAUCCUGGAGAUGGCUGAGUGCAGCCUUGUGGUGUACUACCUCCAGGCAGUGGUCAUCCUAAAGCACCUCCAGCGACCAGGCGUGGUGACGCACAUGACUGUGCAGGAGUGGGAGGCACGUACGAGAGACAGUUCAGGCAACGUCAUUAUUGGUGUUAAAGGGCACAAGACAGCCGCACAGCAAGUUGCCACUUUUGCCCUGUCACAGGAGGAGGAGCGUUGGUUUGAUAUGUACUACACACGAGUGCGGCCACAACUCCUCAAGUCCCCUAAGAAGCACAAGCGGGACGAGUCAGGUGAUGAUGAGGAACAGGAACAUUUCUUCAUCUCCACCACGGGGAGGCCGAUCUAUAAUUCCUCCAAAGACCUGAAACGGCUGCACUCAAAAUACAAGCUCAAGCCAGUGACCAACCAAGAGGCACGCCGAGUCUUCGAGACGGCCACAAAGACAAUGACUGACGCAGAGAAGUCUCUGGUGGCCGACUACCUCACCCAUUCCACUGCGACGGAGGAGAACCAUUACCGCAUGAAGCAGCCGGAGACCAUAGUGAUGGCCAAUCAACUGCUGGCUAGGCUUGCUGGUGACUCAAGUGUUGAGUCUGCAGAUGAGGGUCCCAGUCAUGCUACCCGUGGCGCUGCUCGCGAUGUUGCCCACAAGCCUGCCUGUGCUACAAAUGUGCAGAUGGAUGUACAAGCAGCAUUUGACCGUCUGCUGGAAACGCACCCGGUGACUCUGGACGGGGACGUGCCAAACAAGACAGAGCGCACGAAGGUGUCACAAGACUUGCAGCGGCAGUUGUACGAGCGUUGGCUGAAGGCACAGAUGAAACUGCGCGUGCAGCAUGUUCUCUCAUACUUCUGCCGACGUCUCCCAACUGAGAACCGGGUCAGCACCUGGAUUUCUAAGCAGGGAUGGAAGAGCAACCUCCCCACCUCUGCCAGAAUCAUCAAGGAGUGGAAGCCCUCAGGAUCAGUGGACAUUCCAGACACAUCCAGAUAAUGACAAGUUCUCAGAAGUGGAGAGGACUACGGGUGACUGAGAUAGAGGGGAAAGGCAAGGGUGUCGUUGCCACUCGCAGAUUUCAGACCGGUGAGGUGGUCUGUGAUUACCAUGGGAGGGUGAUCACAGCCA